UCGUCUCUGAAAGAUAUACCAGUUUCUCAUUGAAAGAAUUCUGGGGAUUCAUUACUGACAAUGACGUCAAAGUCUGCGCGAUUUUUCCCACGUUUUUUGCUAUCAUCUCCGCCAACAAAUCCGUGAUUCAUCUGUGCGUCAGUGGCUCAGUGCGCACGACAGCCUCAUUUACGUUCAAUUGAAGAUUUCACCACGAAUAUUGUAAACAUAGGAAAGGAAUUUGAUUAUGAAAUCUUUCAAUUUUGAGGACUUUUCUCGUGAAGUGAAAUACCUCAAGCCCGCGUGUUCAGGAAACGAAAUCCUUCAUAUAGACGGCCAAAUAUAAUUUGAGAUUUUUUCUUUGAGAAUAUAUCCGAAAUAUUUUCAGCACGUUUAUACCAGAAUUAAUACCGAUUACAAGGAAAGAAAUGCCUGCUGCAUAUUUCAACGUCUGCGCACGAUAGCUAUAUUUUAUACGUUCUCGUCUGAGUCUGGCGGCUUUGAGCUCUGAGGAGUUAACAUGGAACCCAAUCUGAGAAGUUGAAAGAUUUUUAUUGGAUUUGAUGUGUUAAAGGCCGUCCACUGGCAACGAGCCCGAAGAUUCGUAAUCCAAACGUAUCCCCAAGGAAUCUUUGCAACCAUUUCUCGCUGUGUAACGUUCUAUCGCAGAGGAACUGAUAAUUACCAAUGCAAGAGUAACCUCUGAAGGGGUCUGAGAAAAAAAUACCCGACUUGCUCAGGGGAACUUCCGUUCACAUAAGCCGUUCAAUAAAUCGAGCGUGUUGAUUGUUGUUUCAUUGCUUACCUUCACAGUCGCUGGUGUAUACAGCAUACAGCAUCUUCAGGAUCACUUUGGUUGGUUACACAGGCGGUUGCUGUAUUAAAAACGUCGAUCAGUAAACUCAUUCCUAGCUCUUUGGCUCCAGUUUUGCCUUGAGGUAUUCCGCCUAUAGCUUUGGGUAAAAUGAAAUUGACUCCAGGCUUCUUUAUCUCAACUCAAAUAUUGCUAUUACUCUUCACCGAGUGUAUGCUGGUGAAAGGAGCUCAAACGUUACGAGCAAAGAGGUUGUCAAGAAUACAACAAAUAAGCAUUCACAGAAAACACCCAACGAAUCGAAAGAAAGUCGUGCUCAUGUGUUUUAAUAAGAACUAUCUCGUAGUGGAAAAAGGAAGACUCAAAGGAACGGUUAAUUCAAGCAAAGUAAAAGAAUUUGGCAAAUUCGAACUGCAGUCAUUUGGCGUGGGGAUUGUGAGAAUUUUAAAUAUGAGGACGAGGAAAUAUAUCGCAUUCAAUAAAGAAGGACGAGUGUACAUGACGCGUGGUAACACAAAAGACACUCUAUUUCAUGAAAGUCAGAGAAACAAUCAUUUUGUAACGUUCCAUUCUCUCGAACUCCGUUCAUUGGCAAACGGAGUCAUGCGAAAAUGGUUUUUAGCUCUCAAGAAAAAUGGAAAGGUGAAGCGGCCUUCGAAAACGUUUGCGCGGCAAAGAUCGACAGAGUUUCUUCCACGGGGCUGGGGUGGCUACAAAAGACAGUUAAUGAGCUCGCGGUAAUGCUACUGAACGGGCUGUAUUUUCAUCGUGAAUACCCGACAUUUUUGGUCGAGCAAUAAUAGACCCGGAUUCCAAAAUGAGAUCCAAAAUCUUCGUACGUGUGACAACGCU